UGACCCACUCCCUGAAGUAUUUCUACACUGGAUCAUCACAGAUCCCAAACUUCCCAGAGUUUGUUACUCUUGGUUAUGUUGACGAUGUUCCAAUAAGUUACUAUGACAGUAACAUUGGGAGAGAAGUGCCCAAACAGGACUGGAUGAGCAGAGUUACAGAGGAGGAUCCACAGUACUGGCAGAGAAACACUGGGAUCUCACAGGGCGAACAGCAGGUCUUCAAAGCCGGCAUUGAAACUCUAAAGCAACGCUUCAACCAAACUGGAG